GACUACUGGGAGCACAUGCCAGAGCUUGGAGUUUGUGUUCAUCAUCACCUGCAACCUCGCAAGAAGUUCCAGGACAAGCCGAAGGAGCCACAGAAGAUGAAAGCCUGCGCAGGGGAACCUGCACCUUCAACAGUGUCGGGAUCUCAGCAACGCGCAGGGGAACCUGCUUGCCCUUCAGUGGUGUUUCGCUUGGAAGAGUUGGCGGAGAAGCUGGGCUUCGAGCUGACGUUGGACCUUCUGGGCGACGACGACGAUGCUGGUGUUUAUGAUUGUGAGCGGUCCGGUUGUGUUGUGAUGGAGGUCGCAAUGCUGAUGGCACGGUGUCCGCCCUGGUUGGUCGUUGUGACGCUGUCCCAACAUCACAGCAACUGCAGUGUGGAGCUGCGCAGUGUCUGCCAUGCCCAUGAUACAGGCUUUGUGGCUUGCGAGGAAGUUUUUCGAGGUGUGAAGAACGCCAUGCGUCCGGGUCCUGCUGACAAGGACGGUUUGGGUCAUGAUGCCUUCGAUCUUGUCGUCUUCAGCCUUGCAGAUACUGUGACAGAUGCGGGACCGACGUGGGGCCCACAGCGGCAUAUUGCCAUGGCCAUGGUGGCGUUGUGUUGGGAGCAUGCUGUGAAGUUGCAGAAGGAUGAUACGAUGUCACAUCGUUGGAAG